AUGAUCGCUCUUAUCUUUCGAUUACUACGACAACAAGGUUAUAAUGUUUCAUCAGUGGUUUUUAACAAAUUCAAGAAUAGCGAAGGGAACUUUAGAGAAUCGUUGAUCACCGAUGUACGUGGACUUCUAAGCCUAUAUGAAGCUUGUCAUUUAAGGUGCCACGGAGAUUCUAUUUUGGAAGAAGCACUUCCUUUUGCUAUUACUCACCUUGAAUCAAUCAAUGAAAGCAAAGUAAGCACUAGUCUUGCGAAACAAGUGAAGCGUGCCCUAAGGCAGCCACUUCACAAGGGCUUGCCAAGGCUUGAGGCAAGGUAUUAUGUUCCACUCUACCAAGAGGAGCCUUCACAUGACCAAGUCUUGCUUGCCUUGGCUAAAUUAGAUUUCAACUUACUGCAAGAGCAACACCAGAAGGAACUCGGCAAUAUUACAAGGUGGUGGAAGGAUAUAGAUGUUGCGACGAAGUUCCCAUUUGCUAGAGACAGGAUUGUGGAGUUGUUCUUCUGGAUCUUGGGAGCAUAUUUUGAGCCAGAGUUUGCCGUGGCCAGAGAUAUACUCACCAAAGUGAUCGCUCUAUUGUCCAUUCUUGACGAUAUGUACGACGUCUACGGCACGUUGGAAGAACUUGUAAUCCUCACAGAAGCAAUUGAGAAGUGGGAUGUUGAUGCCAUGGAUGGACUACCAGAGUAUAUGCAAGCUUGGUACAAGGUGCUUCUCGAUGUCUAUGAUGGAGUAGGGAAUGAAGUGGCCACGAAGGAAAGAUCGUACCGCCUCACCUAUGCGAAAGAAGCCAUGAAGAAGCAAGCGAGAGUGUACUUUCACGAAGCCAAAUGGUUCCAUACCAACUACACACCAACGCUAGAGGAGUACAUGCCCCUUGCAUUAUUAACAACUGGCUAUGAAAUGUUAGCAAUCACGUCGCUUGUGGGAAUGGGCGAUGUGGUCACGAAACAUGCUUUUGAAUGGUUGCUUGGCGACUGCAAGAUCUUGAAGGCUUCACAAAUCAUCUGUCGGCUCAUGGAUGACAUUGUCUCUCACCAGUUUGAGCAAAAGAGGGGACAUGUAGCAUCUUCAGUGGAGUUGUUCAUGAAAGAACACAACGUUUCGGAGCAGGAAACCGAAAAGGAAUUGCGCAAACGAGUGGUUGAUGCAUGGAAGGACAUUAAUGAGGCGUUUCUUCGUCCGACCGUAGUUCCAGUGCCAAUUCUAAUGCGAACUCUCAAUCUCGCACGAGUGAUUCAUGUGUUGUAUAGCGAUGGAGAUAACUACACCCAUUCUGGAACCUCGCUCAAAGAUCACGUGACAUCUCUCUUCAUUAGCCCCUUACCAGUGUCACAUCUCUCAAGAGGAGCACAAGAAGGAACUCGGCAAGAUUACGGCGGCAAAUGAAGACGCCAUGAGAAAGAAGCAAGAGAAAGGAAAACAAGCGAUGGAGCGGUUGUGAACUAUAUGGGAAUUGUUAGUUUAUCAAGAUCUUCAACAAAGAGGAAAAUCGACCAGAAGUAGUUGUUCCAAGAGUUGGAAAUUCCGAUGCUUUAGUAGUUUGUGUUUAUAUUGUACUCCUGAAUAUAGGAUCAAGAGAUGGAGCUUGUUUAUUUUCUAAUAGUGCUUAAGAUGUGGCAAUGAUACUGUUAAGAUCACAAGCAUUCUGAGGAAGAGCUUUUUGUGUGGGUGUGAUUUUAUCGAGAAAUGAUGUAACGUGUAAUGCUUCUCUAAUGAUCAUUAUGGCAAGGCCAUGUCCACAAUAA